CCUCCCCAACCUGAGAUCCUCCCUCGCUGCCUCCCUGCUAACUCAUACUCCACCGUCCCUCACUUAUUGACCAGUGUAGCCACCAUGCGCACCCUACAUAAUACUCUUGCAACCAAUAUUCACGUUGAAUGACUAACUGUAUACAGAAAAGCUAGAUACUUGUGGAAAUUAGGGAGUGUGGUUGUCCUGGUGAGCCGAGGACUAUAGUGGCUCAUUCAUCAGUGUAUUCAUUUCUUGGCGCUGAUUUGGAGCUGUGAUCAUCAGCAGCAUCAUCGAGGCAAACGCCUUCUUUCAAUCAUCUUUUCCUUCUUUAACUAUAAACUUCACACAAAAUGAGCAGCACCAAGUCCGUCCUGGGGGUGGUGGUGCUGGUGGCCACCUUACACGGCGUGAUGGGACUGUUCUGCUACAGCCACAUCCCAGGGACGGAGGGUAACUCCUGGGUCUUCUGCCCCAGCACCUCCUGCUACACUGUUGCUGAUUCCAUCGUGGGGGAAAGUGACUCGAAGCGUGGGUGUGCAGACAAGACAUACCCAGACACGUGCCAGAAAGCCAUGGCUAUUGUCCCCAGCGACGACGUGUGCUUCUGCAACGCUCUCUUGUGCAACAGCGACGCCAGCACCCUCUCGCUCUUCUUGCCGCUCCUCAUACUCCCUUACCUGCUGCACAAGUUCCUGUAGAAUUAGGACAGUUGGUGCCAGUACUAGACACACUGUGACAUGAGAGUUGUGUUGGCAUCUACAUGUUUCCUCAUGACGCUUAUCACAACAAACGUUGAUACUCUCACUGGGCAUAGGCUACAGUGCCUUCCUUUGGCAUCUCACUUUGUGCAGUAUCACAUAUACCAAAAAUAUCAUCGUAUUGUUGACUAUUUAUAGUGAAAAUCAUUUAAUAUUGAACUUCUAUUUUGUGUUAUGUAACCAUAAACAUUCAUUUUCAAAAUAAAAAUGUAGACCUUAUUAUUAUCAAAAUGUGACGACCCUUCACUAUUUCCCCAUUUUCAAACAAAAAAUAAUUGUUGGUUACUUGGUUUAUUUUUCCAUAGAGUUAGAAAAUAUAAGUGAAGUGGGCCAAAUGGUGAAGAUAAGAGUGUUUAUAGGUGGCGCUGCCCUACAAGCCCUGGCCUCACCAGACUGGUGUAGUACCUAGGCUACAACACACCAAUACAUCUCAUGCUGUAUACUACACUUGUAAUACCAUUGUACUUAGUACUACACUAACAUACAUUGUUAAUAUAUGUAUCGAUUGUUGUAUUACUUGGUGAGAGUUGUGUAUCCAGUUGUAGAAUACUGGACUAGUUACACUAAUGUUUUCAAUGCUGCGGUAUAUUGUUAUGGUGAAUCACUGUAUCUAAGGUUGUAUUACAUUUCUCUGGUAACACCAUCAUAGCUGGUGAGUGUAUGGUGUAGACAACACUAUACCGAUGAGAGCAGUGUAUGGCGUAUACAACAUUAUACCGGUGAGAACAGUGUAUGGUGUAGACAACACUAUACCGGUGAGGGCAGUAUAUGGUGUAGACAACACUACCGGUGAGAGCAGUGUAUGACAACACUGUACCAGUGAGAGCAGUAUAUGGUGUAUACAACAUUGUACCGGUGAGAGCAAUGUAUGGUGUAGAUACACUGCUCUCACCGUUAUAGUGUUAUGGUGUAGACAACAUUGUACCGGUGAGAGCAGUGUAUGCUGUAAACAACACUGUACCGGUGAGAGCAGUGUAUGGUGUAGACAACACUGUACCGGUGAGAGCAAUGUAUGGUGUAGAUACACUGCUUUCACCGGUAUAGUGUUAUGGUGUAGACAACAUUGUACCGGUGAGAGCAGUGUAUGCUGUAAACAACACUGUACCGGUGAGAGCAGUGUAUGCUGUAGACAACACUAUACCGGUGAGAGCAGUGUAUGGUGUAGACAACACUGUACCGGUGAGAGCAGUGUAUGGUGUAGACAACACUACCGGUGAGAGCAGUGUAUGGUGUAGACAACACUGUAACGGUGAGAGCAGUGUAUGGUGUAGACAACACUAACGGUGAGAGCAGUGUAUGGUGUAGUCAACACUGUACCGGUGAGAGCAGUGUAUGAUGUAGACAACACUGUACCAGUGAGAGCAGUAUAUGGUGUAGACAACACUGUACCAGUGAGAGCAGUAUAUGGUGUAGUCAACACUGUACCGGUGAGAGCAGUGUAUGGUGUAGACAAUACUGUACCGGUGAGGGCAGUAACCCCUAGAGUAGCAGUACACGGGCUAACUAAGCCAACAUGUCACUAUAAGCAACACUACAGCGACAACUGUCUGUAUUUAGUGCUGUUCUGUAUUCGUGACAUUACCAAACUCUGCAACUUCAUAUGUAAGCGCCAAGGAGUACAGUGCACUAUGGCUCCCUCAGUAUUAUACUGUGUUAUAUUUAUAUAAAUAUUCACAGCACUGGAAGGUGAAAGAGCGGAAUAUUUCCACCAGAGAUAAACUAUUUAGCGUUUAACAGAGACUGUAAGAAUCGUUGUAUACCUGAACUACACUCUCAGUAUUAUGAGUAUUAUAGUGACAACAGUCACUGAUACACCACAGUGUUAUGAACGACACCUGCCAACCUACAAUGCACCGCAAGAAGUUUACAACAGUAACAUUGUUCAUCUGUAUAUUCCAUUUUCUUUAUUCAUUUCAGAACAAGUUUAGUAAAUUAAAAUGUGAAAAUAAUUUCUAGUUCAGUGGUUCUCAGACCCAGGCCACAUUUCUUCCCCUUUGCGAUGCUUGGGGAAGCAUCACAAAGGGGAAGGAAUUAUUCAGUAUAAUAAAGAAAUCUUCACAAGUAUACCGUGCAAGCAGCCUAUCCUUCGAAUAGACAGUACGUUUUAAUACUAAAUGUAAUAAAUACAAUCCUGACUUGGAAUAGUACAUAAAUACACUUAAUCGCCAGCAUCGCACCAAUAUAUUGUGAAUAUUAAAGUUUACCUGAAAAG